AUGCACGCCUUCCGUGCUGUGCUGGGACUGCUGCUCCUCCGGGCUCUCCGAGCCCCCCCGACGGAUCGAGGCCCCGAGGACAUCUGUGCUGGAGACCCCAACCGCUACUAUGACAAGGAUGCUGGGAAGUGCUGUUACCGCUGCCCCUCAGGUGACUUUCCUGAGAAGCAGUGUGUGCAGUCCUCCACUGACUGCGGGAAGCAGUGUGGGUCUGACCACUACCUGAAUGAGGCCGGCCGCUGCACAGCCUGUGUGACCUGCUCAGGAGAUGACCUUGUGGAAAAGACACCCUGCACAAGGAACUCCUCCCGCGUCUGUGAAUGUCGACCUGGAAAGUUCUGUGCCACAUCAGCCGCCAACUCCUGUGCCCGCUGCUUACUCCACACCAUCUGCCCACCAGGGAUGAUUGUCAAACUCCAGGGCACAGCUGAAAGGAACACUGUCUGUGAGCCAGCUCCCACAGGGGCCCGUCCUGGCUGCAGCACCAGCCCAGAGAAUUGCAAGACAUCUGCCAGCACCACCCUCGAGGCCAUGUCCAGCCUGACCUCCCCGGCCACCUCUAGUGCCAGGACCAUGCCCCACGGAGGGGGCCCAGUCCAUGCCACAGAAGAUGCUUCCAAACUGACGAGGCCUCCCCACGCUCCCUCCUCUGCAGGGAAGCCCAGCCCAGAUCCAGGGCUGUCCCCACAGCAUCCAUGCCCACAGGGGUCUGCUGACUGCAGGAAGCAGUGUGGGCCUGACUACUACCUAGAUGAGGCUGGUCGCUGCACAGCCUGUGUGAGCUGCUCUAGAGAUGACCUUGUGGAGAAGACACCCUGCACAUGGAACUCCUCCCGUGUCUGCGAAUGUCGACCUGGGAUGGUUUGUGCCACAUCAGCCACCAACUCCUGUGCCCGCUGCAUCACCCGCUCUAUCUGCCCAUCAGGGAUGGCCGCCAGACUCCAGGGUACGGCUUCGAGGGACACCACCUCUGAGCUGCCUCCCUCAGGGACCCACCCUGACUGCCUCACCAGCCCAGAGGACAGAGAGAUGCCUUCCAGCAGCACCAUCCCCACUUUGAUGUCCCCACUGGACUCCGAGACCAGCAAGAGGCAUGGAGGGAGCACCACCUAUGCCCGGGAGGACACCUCCACCCCAACCAGUGCUCCCGUUGCUGUCUCCUCCAUGGAAAAGCCCGUUCUGGUUACAGGACCUGUGGUUUUCUGGGUGACUAUGGUGUUGCUGGUGAUCCUGUUCUCUGGCAUCUUCCUCCUGUGCCACUGGAAGGCCUGCAGGAGGGGGAUUCAGCAGAAGCUCCACCUAUGCUUCCCAGGCCAGAACUUCCGGACCAAGCCGGAGCCUGGGGAUUCCAGGCCUGGGAGGAAGCCCACAGAGCCCUGCAGAAUCGUGUCGGUGGUGGAGCCAGGCCCAGAAGAGCAGGGGUUGAUGAGUGUCCCAGCUGUGGAGACCUGCCCCAGCGUGGGAACCGCCUGCCUGGAGAGCCUGAGGCUGCUGGAGGCCAGCCCAGUUGAGGGUCCCUCCUCCCCCAGGGGCCCCCCAGAGCCCCGGGCAACCACGGAGCACACCAAUAACAAGAUUGAGAAAAUCUACAUUAUGAAGGCCGACACGGUGAUUGUUGGGACCGUGAAGACCGAGGUGCCUGAGAGCCGGGGCCUGGCAGUGUCCGUGGGGCCUGAGUUUGAGGAGGAGCUGGAGGUGGACCAUGCCCCCCACUAUCCAGAGCAGGAGACAGAGCGGCCUUUGGGCAGCUGUGAGGAUGUCAUGUUCUCUGUGGAGGAGGAAGGGAAGGAGGAGUCCUUGACCACGACCAUCUCUGAGAAGCAGGAGAUGCCAACAUAGUCUCAAGUGUCCGCCUGAUCCAAGAACCUCACUCCUCACCAGCAUCACUGUCCAUCCCAUCGUCCAGUCCAAUCCAUGUCUGAAGAGUUGGCUUCGGGAAUGGUUCCUGUCCUGGGCCAACAGAAGGUCUGGGGGCCAUGACCACCGGGGUCCUUCUAGGCUCAGUCAGACCAUUAAGUCUGGUCUUUUUACGAGAAUUUGGGGUCUGCAUCCCACUGCUCUCCUGCUCACUCAGGGGUUCUCUGUUGUGUUCCCAGUCAGGGCAAUCAUCGGUUGUAGCCGGGCACCAUUUAGCUCUUCUGCUCUCAGGCUGAUGUAGUCUCUGGUUUAUGUGGCCCUUUCUGUCUCUUGGGCUCAUAAUUACGUUGUGUCCUUGGUGUUCUUCAUUCUCCUUUGAUCCAGGUGGAUUGAGGCCAAUUGAUGCAUCUUAGAUGGCCACUUGCUAGCGUUUAAGACCCCAGAUGCCUCUCUCCAAGGUGGAAUGCAGAAUGUUUUCUUAAUAGAUUUUGUUAUGUCAAUUGGCUUAGAUGUCCCCUGAAACCAUGGUCCCCAAACCCCUGCCCCUGCUACGCUGGUCUUUGAAGCAUUCAGUUUAUUCAGGAAACUUCUUUGCUUUUGGUUUAGUCCAUUUGUGCUGACCUCUCCUGUAUUGUGUGUUGUCUUUCCCGUCACCUAACGUAGUUCUUAUCUACUAUCUAAUUAGUGAAUACCCCUCUCCUACCCUCCCUCCCUCUCCCCUCUCGUAAUCAUCAAAGAAUAUUUUCUUCUCUGUUUAAACUGUUUCUUGAGGUCUUAUAAUAGUGGUCUUAUACAAUAUUUGUCCUUUUGCUACUGACUAAUUUCACUCAGCUCAGCAUGCCUUCCAGAUUCCUUCAUGUUAUGAAAUGUUUCACAGAUUCAUCACUGUAGUAUUCCAUUGUGUGAAUAUACCAUAAUUUUAUUUAUCCAUUUAUCUGUUGAUGGGCAUCUUGGUUGCUUCCAUCUUUUUGCUAUUAUAAACAGUGCUGCAGUAAACAUGGGUGUGCAAAUAUCUGUUCGUGUAAAGGCUCUUAUUUCUCUAGGAUAUAUUCCAAGGAGUGGGAUUGCUGUCUCAUAUGGUAGUUCUAUUUCUACCUUUUUAAGGAAGCACCAAAUCUAUUUCCAAAGUGGUUGUACUAUUUGACAUUCCCACCAGCAGUGUAUAAGUGUUCCAGUCUCUCCACAGUCUCUCCAACAUUUAUUGUUUUGUGUUUUUUGAAUUAAUGGCAGCCUUGUUGGAGUGAGAUGAAAUCUCAUUGUAGUUUUGAUCUGCAUUUCUCUAAUGGCUAAUGAUCAUGAACAUUUCUUCAUGUAUCUGUUAGCUACCUGAAUGUCUUCUUUAGUGAAGUGUCUGUUCGUAUCUUUUGCCCAUUUUUUAAUUGGGUUUUUUAUCUUUUUGUAGUUGAGUUUUUGCAGUAUCAUGUAGAUUUUAGAGAUCAGGUGCUGAUCGGAAAUGUCAUAGCUAAAUACUUUUUCCCAGUCUGUAGGUAGUCUUUUUACUCUUUUGGUGAAGUCUUCGGAUGAGCAUAGGUGUUUGAUUUUUCGGAGCUCCCAGUUAUCUAGUUUUUCUUCUGCAUUGUUAGUAAUGUUUUGUAUACUGUUUAGGCCAUGUAUUACGGCUCCUAACGUUGUCCCUAUUUUUUCUUCCAUGAUUUUUAUCAUUUUAGAUUUUAAGUUUAGGUCUUGGAUCCAUUUUGAGCUUGUUUUUGUGCAUGGAGUGAGGUAUGGGUCUUGUUUCAUUUUUUUGCAGAUGGAUAUCCAGUCAUGCCAGCACCAUUUGUUAAAAAGACCGUCUUUUCCCCCAUUUAACUGUUUUGGGACUUUUGUCAAAUAUCAACUGCUCAUAUGUGGAUGGAUUUAUGUCUGGAUUCUCAAUUCUGUUCCAUUGGUCAUGUAUCUGUUGUUGUACCAGUACCAGGCUGUUUUGACUACUGGGCCAUGUGGAUCUUUACUGCGCAUGCUCUGAGCCUGGUGAGGCUUUGAAAAACAACUCAGGAGGGAUUAUCAGCAGUUUAUAGCUGGUCAAGCACACAGGGCCUUGAAAUGUAGCCCCUUAUCUUGUCUACCUAGUCUGUUAAUCACAAGUAGUUUUCAGGUGCCAGCAGCAAAAGUUAUAUGGUGGUCUGCACUUAGGACUAUUAUAGCUGUUCAAGCACACAGGGCCUUGAAAUGUAGCCCUUAUUUAAUUCAGCCAGCCUGAUCUCUUGCCUGUCUCAGUCUGUCCUGGGAAAUGAAGAAGCAUCUGCCUGAAAUCUGCCCUACUUGCAAGUCAGGCUGCCACUGGUCCCUGACAUCUGGCUCCAGCAACCAAGUCCCUGUGAUUGGAGUGGACGUCGAGCGAUACAAAGUGACAUGAUUUCACCAAAAUGUCCCGCCUUAUCUGGACUAUAGGAGAGAAAGUGCUUGGUUGUUCAGUCUGGACUUCAGGAUUUUGGCAUUUCACACCAAGGAGGAAAGUUGCCCCAACUCCCUCAGGGUCUGCAGGCUCAUGCAAACAUACAAGGAGCCUGGGGAGGAGACAUGUGGGCAGAAGAUGAGUUUGCCACAGCCCAGGCUUUUCUGGCAGGCUGCUGGGAGACUCCUGGACUUACCCGCUGCAAACCUCGCCGGGGAAAGCUACUGCUUACUCACCAGCCUGCUCACUCUCUGGAGGAAGUUGGGGCCAGGUCAGGAAUCAUGAGGCCUGUUUCUGAAACCACUUAGAUGUUUUGGGGAAAGUUGGAGAGGCUGGGGCAUUGUGAGAGGUGACUACACCAGAACCCUGGACAUUGGCAAGAAGAAGUUAAAGUGGGGGAAAAUUCUGUUUUUGCCAAAAUACCCUUGUGCCACCGUAGUGUGGGUGUCUUCUCCCCCCAGUGCUUCAGAGGGUAAGCGGCACACAGAGACCACACACCACUGAAUAGGGUGGCUCUGGCAGCCUCCAUGUGAGAGUACUGACUCAGGUUUCAAUGCAGUAAAUGCACUCCCUCACCAUAUGGCUCUUCCUAAAACAUUUAAUUCUCUAAAAAUUCAUACCAGCAACCCAAACCAGCUGCCGUCGAGUCAACCCUGACUCAAUGACGACUCCAUAUGUAUCAGAGUAGAACUGGUUUCCAUAGGGUUUUCAAGGACUGCUUUUUGGGAAGUAGAUUGCCAGGCCUUUCUUCUGAGGCACUGCUGGGUAGACUCGAACCUCCAACCUUUCGGUUAGCUGCUGAGUGUGGUAAUAACCAUUUGCACCACACAGGUACUCAAAAAUUUCGUAAGGCCCCUUAAAACCAAGGAUCAUAUGGCCGAGGAAACUAUCACUGAAACUGAGAAGAUUUUAGAUCCUCUGGGGGGGAAGUGUCUGAGAAGUCUCUCCACCCAGAGCAGGGACUCCCUCUGUAGCCCCAUGACCCCAGACAUCUAGUGGGCCAGUCUUUGAUCAAGCCCUUCUGAGGACAGGGAGCCACUACUGCUGGGACAGCCCUUUCCAUCGCUGGACAAUUCCAACCACAGAGCGGUUCCUCCUCACCUAUCAACACACACUCUUCCUCCAUGUAACGCCCACUCUCUGGUCCACGACUUGCCUUCUGAGGGGGUUCAAAAUAAAGCCACUCUUGUCAUAUGGCUCUCUUCAGGUAUUUGCACAAAGAAGUCAGGCUGCCCCAUGAUCCUCUUCCCUCUGAACCAACGAAGCAGUCCUGCAGCUUAGGAAAGGGGGCCACAGGAUGGCAACUCGAGCGCCUAGCCCCAGAGGCAGAGAAGGGUGCAGGUGAGCCUUGGGCUUCUGGUCGUGAGCUGGGAGGGGUCCGACCUGUCUCUCUGGUCACAGUACAGGGCAGUUUGGGGCCAACUUCUGCCCCAGGAGAGACCAUGGACAGACCUCGCCCACCCUAUCCCCAGGCUGCAGCUGACACUUAGACUUCACUACUGCCUGGCCACUGCACCAGCCACUGCCCACCAUGUGGUCAGGCCAAGGAUGAAGUCCCUGCCCUGACCAGUGAUGGAUGUCCUGUCCUAGCUUCUGGUCAUUUGGAUGUCCAGAAAGGUAGCUGGACAAGACCCAACUCCUCAGAGCAGUAAGUCCCAGGCUGUAAAGACACCCUCCCCCUCCCCACACCAUACCACACACACCCUUUUCCUGGAACAGGGAGUGAAAGCAAGUGAUGAUUGUCUUAACAGCAGCUAUUGUGUUCCACAGGAUUGGAUUAAGGCAUGUGAGGUCCCUAAACACUGAUAAUCUGUGGUGCUUCCCGCUCUGUUUACUCAUGUAUUCAAAGAGGAUACGUAAGUUAGGUAUAUACACGUGAGUGUGUGUGUGUGUCUUAGCUAUCCAUGAUGUAACUUCUUUUUAAAUGUGACUCUAAUAUUAGCGAUUGAACACAAAAGUGGCGUAUGCCAUUUUAGUGGAAUGAAAUGAACUGGAUUAUAAAAUUUUUAGUGGAUGUGGGGUACUAAGAUUUUUACUGAUUAUCACAUUUUCUACAAAAAGACUAUUUCACAUAUUCUACAACAAAGAAAAUGAGUCAGUGAACUUAGUGGUUUCAACCAUCUAUGUAAAAUUCUGUUGAUCCCUCACAACGAAAAGUUGAUUUUCUGCAAUUUUGCUUUAAAGGGCUCAUAUCUCAAUUUUGUUGCUUGUUUCAUAAUAAAUGCUAUCAUUACAAAUGAAUAAAUGAAAAGGUGUCAUAAAAGAAAAUCCAAUGAUCAGAAAACAAAUAUUACAAGAAUUACUAUAUUUUUAGAUAGACCUUUCGUCCCUAACAUGUUAUAAUUAAAAAUAUUUCUAU